GCAAACAAUCAUUCAAAUUGGCCAGUUGUUGACAAACGUUCCUGGGUUGACUGAAGAGCAAGCAUUGUAUCUUUUGUUGAAAUUCAAUAAGGUAUUAUGCAACACAAAUUUUAGCGAGUUGUACUACGAAAUCAGCAGGGCACUCGAAGACGAGGUGGACGAAGUGUUUGCCCAUAUAGCCAAACAAGGUAUCAACAUAAAGAACAUAAUACUACACCAGGUUGAAGGUCUACUCGAUAGUAUUGACGACCAAGCUAUUGGCUUGGAAACAUUGGACUUUAUUGUGUUCCAAGGGUUUACGUGGUUGAGUCGUCGUUUCGUCCACAUAUUCACAAGAGCACAAGAGCAUAUACUAAGCCUUGAAGGAGACAAGCUCUCGCAGUACCUCCAGAGUCCUGAUCUUUUACAAGUGAUAAUCGACUCUAACAGCAGACAGACCCUUGAGUACCAUCCUGAUAUCAUCAAGUACGAAAAUGAGUACUAUCUCAUCCAUGUCAACUCAUUAAACAACAACAACUAUGAAUUGGUCAAUUGCAAGGAGAUUAAUGAAGAACUCAACCUUAAGAUUCUGGUGCUUAACGGCGAAAUAGACAGUUUGAGGACAACCCACGUAGAAAUAUUGGGCCAGUUCAAGCAAUACCAAGAAGAUGUGGAUAAAAACGAGCAGUUAAAUGACCAGCUCAACGGGAAGUAUAACGAGUUAAAAGCUAGGUUUGAGAAACUCACCAUGAAAGCCAACUUGGACAAUACCAUCAAGGCCAACAAGGAGUUUAGUGAGAGAAAUUCGGAGCUCGAGGCACAAAUCGAACAGCUCAAGGCCAGCAUCGCAAAGAAGUCAGAGAAGGUCGCCAAGUAUACGUAGGACUGUUAGUAUGAGCGAAUAUGUAAAUAUGAUGCAAUUUAUGAAUUAUACGAAUUAAGGUUAUUAAAGUUGGGUGAUGCGCGCAAAGCGUCUUUUGACAAAUUGAAGGCUGAUUCUCAUCACCACUAAUACCUAAAAAGGAUAUCCAGCUUCAAAAUGGAACACCAAGGAGUCGGAAUUGUAGGUGCUGGUAUUGUAGGCUGUGUGGCUGCAUUGGCACUACAAGCCCGAGGGUUUUCCGUGACUUUAUUUGAGCUCAGGCAAGAUCCUCAACUCGAGCCCGAAAUGAAGAAUCUUCGUUCCAUCAACUUAAGCUUAAGUAACAGGGGAAUUAGAGCCAUGGACAAGGUGGACCCGCUCUUAAGCCAACGUAUUCUCGAGUCGUCGGUGCCGCUCGUGGGAAGAAUGAUCCAUGACAGAACUGGUACCAAGUGUGAGUCACAGUUGUACGGAUUAUUUGGUGAGCACAACAACUCAAUUGACAGAAGUGUAUUUAACAAGCUUUUGAUAGAAGAAACACAGCACAGAGGAAUAAAGGUCCUCUUUAAUCACCGGUUGAUAGCGGUGGAAAAUAAGGAUGUUCCCAAGCUUCUGUUUGAUGUUUUGGGAGAAAUAAAUGACUUUGAAUUUGACUACAUCAUUGGCAGUGACGGAGCAUUUUCUCAGUUCAAAUACCAGGUUCAAAAGUCCAUGAGAAUGAACACAAGCCAAGACUACAUCGACAUGCAAUACAUGGAGUUGUACAUUCCUCCUGGACCCCAAAACUCAUUUCUUAUCGAUGCCAACCAUCUUCACAUCUGGCCUCGAGAUAACUUUAUGUUGAUUGCAUUGCCCAACCUGGAUGGGUCGUUCACAUCGACGUUUUUCAGUCCGUGGCACGUGAUUGAGGGAAUCGAGUCUCCUGAGGCGUUUGGGGAAUUUUUUGAAACCCAUUUCCCCGAUGCCGUCAGUUUAUUGGGAAAGGAACAACUUGUAAAGGCAUACAAGGAGUAUCCUAGAGGUGCGUUGAUCCAGACGUCUGCUUAUCCAUACCACUCACCAAACAAAAAAGCCUUAUUAAUCGGAGAUGCUGCUCAUGCUAUGGUACCGUUCUACGGCCAGGGAAUGAACUGUGGCCUUGAAGAUAUCACGGUGUUGCUUGAGUUGUUUGACCAGUACCAGGAUUUGGCCGUCAGUUUCGAAAAGUAUUCCGAGGUAAGAAAAGAUGAUUUGGAUACGAUUUGCAAGUUGGCCAUGGAUAACUAUAAUGAGAUGGCCAGUAAAGUCACCCAAGCAUCGUUUUUGUGGAGAAAAAAAAUCGACUACUAUUUGGGAAAGUAUGCAAAUGGCCGUUAUUUUCAGUGGAUUCCCAUGUACUCUAUGAUCUCAUUCAGAGACGAUAUUUCGUAUUCUAAAGCGGUGGACAUCAGAGACACGCAAGACCGGUUUAUUCGGAGACUUGAGCUCGGUGGAGCAUUGGGAGUUUUGGGGUUGGCCCUAGUCAAGGGCUACCAAGCAUACACUCGGUUUCAACGCAAUUAGUCGGGUUAUAUAGUAAAAAUAUAAUGAUAAGCAGUAA